AUGGCCGGCCGAUUCGUGAGGGCUUCCAAGUACCGUCAUGUAUUUGGAAAGCCCACGAGAAAGGAGUUUUGCUACGAUAACCUGCACAUUAGUCGUAAUGCGUGGGAUACCAACCUUGUAAAGGUUAACCCCGAGUAUUUGUCCGUCAAUUGGGAUUCUUCCGGCGGUGGUGCCUUUGCCGUGAUCCCCCUGAACGAGAGGGGCAAGCUGCCCGACCAGAUUCCUCUUUUCCGGGGACACACGGCUACUGUUUUGGACACGGACUGGAACCCGUUCAACGAUCGUAUUAUCGCUUCCGGUUCUGAGGAUGGCAAGGUGUUUGUGUGGGAGGUCCCCAGAGACUUUACUCUGCAUACUGACGCCGAAGACAUUACUGAUGUGUCGCCUGUGGGCAAGCUCGCUGGUCACUCAAGGAAAGUCGGACAGGUGCUCUUCAACCCCGCCGCCGAGAAUAUCCUCGCCUCCGCCUCGGGCGACUUUACAAUCAAGAUUUGGGACGUUGGUACUGGCCAGGCUCCUCUCGCCCUGAAGCACAGCGACAUUGUUCAGAGUCUCUCGUGGAACGCCAGCGGUACCAUGCUCGUGACGACCUCUCGCGACAAGAAGAUUCGAGUAUGGGAUGUUCGCCAGGAGAAGCCGGUCCACGAGGCUGCUGGUCAUCGUGGCGCCAAGAACAGCAGAGCUGUUUGGAUGGGCGAGCACAACCGUUUUGCUACUACCGGUUUCUCGAGAAUGAGUGAGCGACAAAUUGGCCUGUGGGAACCGGGAAGGACGGAGCCGAUUGGCGGGUUCACUAUGCUGGAUUCCAUUUCUGGUGUUUGCAUGCCAUUCUGGGAUGAGGGAUCAAACUGCCUGUACCUUGCUGGCAAAGGUGAUGGCAACAUUCGCUACUACGAAUAUGAAAACGACAAGUUCGAAUUCCUCAGCGAAUACAAGUCUCCUGAUCCUCAGCGAGGCAUCGCUUUCUUGCCCAGACGUGGCAUCAAUGUCCACGAAAAUGAAAUUAUGCGAGCUUACAAGACCGUCAACGACAGCUACAUCGAGCCCAUUUCCUUCACCGUUCCGCGCCGCGCCGAAACCUUCCAGGCUGAUAUCUUCCCUCCCGCCGUUGGCACCAAGCCUGCUGUCGGCGCACAGGAGUGGCUCAGAGGCAAGACCGGGAUACCAGCCAAGAUUGACUUGGAGAGCAUCUACGAUGGCAGCGCUCCUAAGGAGGUGCCAUCUGAUUAUAAGCCCCCCGCUCAACCUAUUCCUGCUGCCGCUCCUGUUAAGAAGGAGGAGCCUAGGCAGGAAGCCCAGAAACCAGUACCUGUUUCUCGUGGUCCCCCGCCCACCAUGAACGACCAGAAGGCCUCCAUUUCUAACAUGGCCAACAAGUUCCAGGACACGGAAGGGGAUGAUCAGGAUGACCAAGACGAGACAUCCAGCUUCGAGGAAAUCUCACGACCAACGCAGCGAGCUGCUGGUCGAAACGACCCCAAGCCUCUGCCCGUUCCUAUCAAGACGCAGCCUGCCCCUGCUCCCGAACCAGCCAAGGUAGCACCUCCUCCCAAAACCCCCACCCCUACUACGGCUUCCACUGCUGCCGUACCACGCUCAUCCACGCCGUCUGUUGGCGUCGAAGCCUCCCUGGACCAGAUCAAGCAGUUGCUUGAGAACCAGGCCAAGAUUAUCACUGUCCAAAACGACAAGAUCACCCAGCUAGUAGGCGAAGUCGAGUCCUUGAAGAAAAAAGUCAACACUUCUGGAUCACAGGAUCAGAGUGAGCGCAUUAGACAACUAGAAUUGGAGCUUGAGGAGGCGCGGUCGUGA